GUAACUAUCCGUUACAAGCAUCAUGACAUUCCUGAGUAUUGCGUUUGCUGUCUUCCUGGUUGGUUUCGCCUCAGUCUCUGGGGCAGGAUGUAAGCCAAACUGCCCGAAGUGUCCACCGCUGUGGACCUUCUACAACGGUCAUUGCUACCGAUUCUCCGGGGCUGCCAAGAACUUCAAUGAAGCUGAAAAAGACUGCCAGGGGUACGUUCAACUGGGGCAGGGCCACCUGGUGUCCAUUACCAGCGCAGGUGAGGAGGAGCUGAUGUACAUGGUGUUGGAGUCAGCCCUCGGAACGGUCUCUAAGGACAUCUGGACCGGCAUGACCGACCAGGCCAGAGAGGGGACAUUUAUCUGGACGGACGGCACGGAGAUCAGCUACACUAAUUGGGCGACAAACCAACCAAGCAGAAGCGGAAGCAGCACUGAUUGCGUCUGCAUGCGAUCCGGUUCAGGAUGGAAUGACGUCUCCUGCACCACCAGAAUGCCGUACAUCUGCAAGAUGCUAAGUACCAAGUAGACCUUGAUUGACGCGAAGCUUCAGUUACCACGGACCAUGAUGAACACACUGAUCCUAAUUCACCACUCCACAAACCAUAAACAGUAACAUUUGUAACGUUAUCACAAGUCGGUAUGAUUUUUCGGCACUGAAUGGUACAACGCAGGUCUGCACGAUUCAAAAGAUGGUUAGACACGACUCAAGUGUUUCUAUGACCUAAUAUCAAGUCGUGUUUGCUUUAAAUUUGCCAUUAAUUUAAACCUCCUAGAUGCAUGCUUAGUAAAUUUAGAGAGCCAUGAAGAAUGACUACAAAGGUUUCAGAACUCCUUCGAUGGUUACGAACUGUGCGUCUUGGUACCAAUUACAUUUUCUGUGAUCGUAGAAAGAACGAAACAGGGUCGGGCUUAGUGUUCAGUAGGCACCGGGCACUAAUGUUCUGUAGCGUUUCUCCGCUUUGUGCAACAGAAUCCAUUCCAUUUUACACUAAGGUCCUUGGCCUCGGUGGACUGUUUCAUUACGGCUAAAUCCAGAAGGAGAGAUUAUCAUUAUUUACAGAAUACUGUCUUCGAACACUGCAGAGCUCACCCUCUUUCAUUUUCAAGAACAUUUGACCACUUUAAUCUCUACGAGGACUGCAAUUAAUUACCUUAUUCAGUUUUUGAGUAAUCCGGUCAAAAUCGUUUUUCUGGUAUUUUAUUUUUUUUUCUGUUCACUUUUUGAAAUUUAAGCACUGGUUAAUUGGUGAUGGGCAGAAAUGUCUUCGUCAAAAAAUGAUAAAUCUCAUACAAACAAAUUGAACACCAUUACGCAAAGAGUACCCUAUCCCAACGAGAGUGGGGCAUUACUUUGGAUCAUGAAAUAAAAAUAAAAAUCUUUAAAGAUUAUGUGAAGCCAAAAUUCAAAACUAAUGUAGACAAUUGAUUAUAAUGAAAUAUAUUCCCAAUUAAAUUUCAAUAUUAUUAACAUUUGCAUUUCCCUUUGAUUGUUUUAUCUUACUACCUUACACGAAUUCAAAUUGCAUAACUGUCGUUGAAAUAAAAUUCUCUGCUUGACGCAA